AUGAAGGCAUUCAUAAAGUGUAUUUUGGGAUAUUCGCCGGAUGAGUUUCAUCUCAAAGAGGGUGUGUUAGGGAUCACAAAAGCAUACUAUGGGUGUGUUGAGGUGCAGGGUCAUGGAACAUUGCAUUGCCAUAUGCUGGUGUGGCUGGUAGGAGGACUUGAUCCUAAUGAGAUCAAGGAGCGAAUAUUGGAGGCGGGCGACGAUGAAUUUAAGGAUCGAUUGUUCCGUUAUCUGGAUGAUAGUUUGAGUAACUAUAUACCGGAUUUGCCUAUGGAAUGUGACACCGUAUUGUCAGAUGGAUUCCAUGCUGCAUCUGUAUGCAGAGAUGAUGUUGGAAUCAUGGAUGGUAAACCUGAUCUGCCUCUGGUUCAGCAAGAUCUUCAUAAUCUUGUCAUUGAUUGUCAAGUGCACAAACAUGCUAAGACGUGCUAUAAGUAUUGUCCUUACCCGCUCCCAAAAGUAUGUCGAUUCGACCUUGAUGCAGAUAACAUUAACCUGGAAACUUAUUUCGAUUAUGAAAAGGGUGAGCUCUGCCUGUGGUGCUUGGACGGGCUGGUCAAUAAUUUCAACGAGACCAUUCUUUGUGCAGUUCAAUGUAACAUGGACAUAAAAUUUAUUGGUUCCAGAGCUUCUGCUAAAGCUGUUCUGUAUUAUGUCACCAAUUACAUUACCAAGUCUCAACUGAAGACACAUGUCACGUAUGCUGCAUUAGAGCUGUCCGUUAAGAAACUUGGUGAAUAUGACCUGCUUGAAGAUGAGAUAACCGUCAGAGCAAAACGGUUGCUUCAGAGAUGUGCCUAUGCAAUGUUGUCGCAUCAGGAACUGUCUGCACAGCAGGUUUCAUCAUACCUUAUGGAAUACGAGGAUCACUUCACCAGUCAUGAAUUUCAGGGGUUGUAUUGGACGAGUUUCGAGUCGUAUAUCAAAAAACAGAUGCCCUCCCCAGAAUGCAAGCCUUUAAAGGAAGGUGAAGAUGAUUUGAUGCCAGACCAUGAAAAUGAUGAUACUGACACAGAGGAGGACUAUAACAAUGCUGUCCAAGUCGAUGAUGUUGUUCUGGCAGACGAGGAGGUUCUUGUAGAGUUAGAUGACUUUGGAUGGCUCAUGGCACGAGGAUCUCAUGUUUCUGACUAUGUGAUGCAAGGGCCUGCUUUAAAGGAUGUA